ACAGUGUGAGCUAUUCCACUAUAUAAAGCCAAGCCAUUGCCAUUACCAUUGCCAUUGCCAUUGCCAUUGCCAUUGCCACUGCUGAUAAAACCCUUUGUCUUCAUAUUCUGGAAGCUAGAGAGGUUUUAUGCUCUAAUGGCAGGGGACAACAAGAGCGAGGAGCAAUUGAAGGCCGUCUGGUUUGCAGCCGGAGUGGCUGCAUUCAUGGCGUGCAUCGAACGGGCAGUGAUGGUGCCCGUGUUCAUGCACUGGCGUGUGUGGGUAUUCCUCGUGCUUAACCUCUUGCUGUUAGCUAUCCUAUUCACUUCUAAACCCAAACACCAACACCAACACCAGUCAAUGGCUAUUGAUCAGGAAGAUGAUACUAGAGAGUUUGCAGGGGAGAAAAAAAGUCUAGAAUGUAGUCCACAGGUUUUGACUACUGUUCAAGAGUGUAGUGGUGACGAUGUGAUGCAUGAAACAAAGAAUGCAAAAGACGAAGUAAAGAAAGAAGAUGAGGAAUUGUUGCUAUCCAAAGAAGAAUUGAACCACAGAGUAGAGGCCUUCAUUGCUAUGUUUAGGCAACAUUUGGUUACUGAUGCUAAACUAUAAAGAGUACUUACUACCAAGCAAAGCCUGGCAUUAGUGCAUAGACCCCACUGUGUCUCUUACAUUUUCACUAGAAUAUAUUGUGAUUAAUGCAGGCUGGAAUGUUAGAAUGAUGAAGCUUCCUAGUUCUUGCUCUGGGCAUCACGGUGGCUCAUACAGGUAAGAUAUUCUAGCCCGGAACAUGCUCUAGAGGUUUCCAAGGGGAAGAUUUAAAUGGAAGACCUACCAUGUCUUCCAUUUAAAUAAAUAACUCGAUUGCUGCAGUAUUUUGCAGCAGAGGAUUGUAAUACUCAAUUUCAAUGUACUAAGUUGGAGAAAUAAAAAAGAAUGCAUUCAUUGUGUGUUUUAA